CUGAGCUCAAUAUAGAUGAAGAUGGCUUUAGUUUUUCUCCUCCUUUUGUUUCUUUCUGCACUACCUGUUUACUCUUCCCAUUCUUCUCCUUCUUAUCAAUCUGAUGAAGAAGCUCUCCUGGCUUUCAAACAUUCCCUCUCUCUUGACUCUCAGAACUCCUUGUUCGAUUGGUCUCCACAUCACUCUUUCUGCAACUGGACUGGCAUUCUCUGCUCUUCUCGUCAUCAGCGUGUGGUUUCUUUGAAUCUUAUGGGUAUGUCAUUGCAAGGCCCUAUCUCUCCUUUCCUUGGCAAUCUUUCUUUUCUUAGAGUACUUUUUCUCAAGAACAAUAGCUUCCAUGGUCAAAUUCCUCCUCAGUUGGGGAGGUUGUUUCGCCUUAGAAUGCUUAGACUGUCUGUUAAUCAUUUGAGUGGCAGUAUUCCUUCCCAGCUUGGCCUUCUUUCACUGUUAAAAAACCUUUAUUUAGCAGAAAAUCAACUGACAGGCAUAAUCCCACCUUCUUUAGGAAACCUGUCUUCCUUAACUUCUUUGGAGUUGGGAGAAAACAGACUCCAUGGUGAUAUUCCUGUCGAAUUGGGUAUGCUUACUCAACUCAAAGUACUUGAUCUAAAUACAAAUAACUUGACAGGAGUGAUUCCCACUGUCAUUUCCAACUAUACACUUCUCCAAAACUUGACAUUAUUGAGUAAUCAAUUAUCUGGCCAUAUUCCCUGGGAAAUUGGUAAAUUAUCACAAUUGAAAGUACUACAGUUGUGGGAAAACCAACUCACUGGAGAAAUCCCAAGCUCCCUCUCUAAUUGCACUCAAUUGCAAACGCUUGAAUUAUGUAUUAAUCAGUUAAGUGGUACUGUGCCCUUGGAAUUCGGCAAACUGUUCCAACUUCAAUGGAUUAAUUUAUUUGAAAAUCAUCUUGUGAGCAAAAGGAAUGGUUUGUCUAUUCUAACAGCCUUGACUAAUUGUUCCUCUCUAGAACAUCUAGACUUCUCUUUAAAUUAUCUCACUGGCAUUUUGCCCUCUUCUAUUAGCCAACUUUCAAGUCAACUCUCCAAUUUUCAAUUGGAAUCUAAUAAAAUUGAGGGAAAUAUACCAAGUAGCAUUACCAACCUCACAAUGUUGACAUGGUUAGUCUUAUCUGACAAUCAUUUCAAUGGAACUAUUCCAUCAUCACUUGGUCAACUUCCACAUCUUGAACUAUUGCUUUUGGAUAGAAACAACUUAUAUGGAAGUAUCCCAAAAAGCUUAGGCCAAGCAAAAACGCUUGGGAUAUUAUCAUUGAGUGAGAACAUGCUUUCAAGGAAUAUUCCUAACAGUCUUGGUAGUCUCCCACAACUAAGAUAUCUUCUUCUUGAUCACAAUCAAUUGUCAGGGAAAAUACCUGGUAGUUUAGGGAGAUGUCAAACUUUGGAGCUAGUGGACCUGUCUCACAAUAAGCUGAAAGGAAAUAUGCCUCCAGAAUUAGCGGGUCUUAAAAAUCUCCAAAUAUAUUUCAAUAUUUCUAGCAAUUCCUUAGAAGGUUCUCUUUUAGAAAUGAGUGAAAUGGCAAUGGUCCAAGCUAUAGAUGUGUCUCUUAAUAACUUCUCAGGUGAAAUUCCUGUUGCACUAUCAAGUUGCACAAAUUUGCAAUAUUUGAAUCUUUCACACAAUUUGUUUUAUGGCCCAAUACCGACAGCACUCACAAAGCUCAAAAACAUUCAAGACAUUGAUCUCUCUAAGAACAAUUUGUCAGGUGCAAUCCCAAUAGCUUUCCAAGAGAUGAACAAACUUCAACAUAUCAAUCUCUCUUCAAAUAAAUUAGUAGGAGAGGUUCCAAAAGGAGGAGUAUUUGCUACAAUUGAUGAUUCAGCAAUUAUGGGAAAUCUUGGCCUUUGUGGUACAUGGAUACAAUUGUCACCAUGCUCUCAUUCCAAACACAAACAACCACUAGUCGCUAAGAAGGUGAUUAUCCCUGUUGUGGUUGGCAUUACAAUUUUCAUCAUGUCUUUUCUAUUGUUUGCAUUUUCCUAUAGAUGGAGACAUAGAAAGACCUUUGCUAUCAAUGUAUGGCCCCCACGAAUUUCAUAUGAACAACUUGUAGAUGCCACUAGUGGUUUUGGUGAAGCAAACCUAAUUGGAGUUGGUAGUUUUGGAACUGUUUAUAAAGGGAUUGUAAACAAUGGUACAAAUAUUGCUGUUAAAGUUCUCAAUUUGCAAGAUGAAAAUGCUCUCCGAACUUUUAAUAAAGAAUGUAAUGUGUUAAAAAGAGUCAGGCACCGCAAUGUGGUCAAAAUCAUUUCAGUGUGUUCCAAUCUUGAGUUUAAAGCAUUAAUUCUUCCAUUCAUGUCAAAUGGAAGUUUAGGCAGAUGGCUAUAUCCAGAAGGAGGAGAUGAAUGCAGAUUAAAUUUGACAGACAGAUUAAGAAUAGCAAAGGAGAUAGCAGAAGGAAUGGAAUACCUACAUCAUCAUUGCUUUGUGCAAGUCAUUCAUUGUGACCUGAAACCCAAUAAUGUGUUGUUAGGGGAUGACAUGACCCCAUAUAUAGCAGACUUUGGCAUUACCAAACUCCUAUUUGGUAAUUCAAUGAGUUCAUUAACAUCUACAAAUGCACUAAGGGGAUCAAUUGGAUACAUUGCACCAGAAUAUGGAAUGGGUGGAAAGGUUGCAAUAGAAGGAGAUGUAUAUAGCUAUGGGAUUCUACUUUUAGAGUUACUAACAAGGAGGAGACCUACAGAUGACAUGUUUGUAGAAGGAAUCAAUCUACCAAAAUGGGUAGGCAUAGAUUUUCCAAAUAAAAUCCCAGAAGUGGUAGAUACCAACUUGAUUGGAGAUGUUGAUGAAGCUGAUUUACCAAUGGUAUUUUCAUGCCUUAAUCAACUUAUGCAAGUAGGACUGGCUUGCACAAGGGAGCUCCCACAACAGCGUCCAAAUAUGAUGGCAAUAGUUAAAAGAUUAGAAAAAAUAACAGUGGAGUUUCUAAGUGCUCGAUCUUUUCAAUUGCCCAUAGAUAUCGAACCUUUUCUUCAGAAUGCAAAUGAUCGAAGAAAGAAUGAAAAUUGGUCUACAUCCACAUCUACAUCUUAACCCUUCAAUCAGCCUGAUUGAAACUAUUAAUUAUUCUCAUCUUGUAAUAGUUGUUUCCUGUAAAAGAAUAAUAUUUUAAAUUAAUUAGGUUAUGCACUGGCAUAUGUAAUGUUCAGCCAAACUCUACAGAUCUAGAGGUGGUGUGUAAUUUUAAAGGAAUGUAAUGUUAAAAAGAAUUUAUUUUUGCA